AUGGCAGCCUCUGUUCAGACUCUUCCUCUGUCCCGUGGGCCCAACAAAACCUUCCACAACCCAUUCUCCGGCCAGCCCCUCUCAUCCCGCUGUGGGAUGGGGAGCGUGGGCAGUUUGGUGGAGCGGCCGGACGUGUCUCCAACUAAAUCCAACCAUGCAGUGCCCCAGGUUAGACCCAAACCUUGCAAUGGGCUGCUGAAGAAGGGCCUGGGCCAGCGGGAACUCCUCAACUACCUCAAUAUCACUAGGAAAGAUCCCAAAGCGACUCAAAGCGGAAACAACAAAAGAGGCUUCAUCUCCAGCCUCACGUCUCUCAAUGGCUGCGACGAGAACAACUUUACUAAGGUCUACAACAAAGACGGCACUGAAGUGGACCUGACAAAGAGCUCAUUGCCAAGUGCAGGCAAAUAUGACAAGUCACAUUUGAGAUCUUCCGCCUUCAAGCCUGUCACCCCGAAAAACUUCACAUCAAUGCAAAACCUGUACCCAUCAAAGUUGGAAGAAGAGGAUCAUGGCGUUUCGAAUGGACUGCACCGAGCCUUCGGACAUGGUCCAAAAGCAGUCUCUACCUCCUCCUCCUCAUCGUCCCCAUCUCGAUAUGGAGGCCCCACAAUGAACGCUAACAAGGCUCUGUCCUCUGUGCGCGGGACCAGUCACGAGGAAGAUAACUUGUCCGACUCGGGCCGUAAUUCCAUGAACAGCCUGCCUCCUUAUCGAGCACCUUUCAGGCCACACAUGUCUCACAUCAGUGCAUCUAUGGGUCACAUUAACACCAUUGGAUCUUUGGACCGGGCUUGUCAAGUGCCAAAAACGGCCCUGGCUGGUGGAGUGCCCAUAGGGGAAAUGGCUUGUCGGAGCAUGGCCACUCUCAGCCGCCUGACCCCCCACGGAGAGGCCCCCCCACCAUAUGAGUGGAGCCUGUCUAUGUCUAUGGAGGAUGUGGUACGAGAUCUUGAGGAGCGUCUGGUGGAGAAGGAACAGGAAAUCAAACAGAUGAAAAGAAACCUGGAUGAGAGUGAGGGGGCCAUUGCUCAGGUGUUUGAAGGGAAGCAACGUUUGUGGGAGAAAGAGGUGGGGGAGCUAAAGCGUCUUUAUGCAACAAAAUUACGGCAAGUUUCUCAGCAAGCUCAGCGGUCACAGCGCAGUCUGCAGCUACAGCUUUAUAAAACGCAACAGGAAAAGACCAAGCUACAAGAGGAACUUGACAGCCUGAGAAAAGAGAAAAGCCAAGACUCAGGUGUCAAAACCAAAAGAACCAGUCCCACUUUGGAAGAGACACAGUGGGAGGUGUGUCAGAAGUCAGGGGAGAUUUCACUGUUGAAGCAGCAGUUGAGGGACUCUCAGGCCGAGGUCACCCAAAAGCUCAGUGAGAUAUUCCACCUGAAGUCCCAGCUGAGAGAGACCCGGACUGUACUCAGCAGCCGGGAGAGUCAGGGUGAAGCAGUCCAAAUGGCAGCAGACGGCUCUUCCAGACGAAGAUGCUUUUCUCAAACAGGACGACAGGAAAGCAACACACUCGACUGUCCAGGAGGGUCUGGGGGCCACACAGAGGAGCGUCUGCGUGCAGAGCUGCUUCUGGAGAGACGCCAAAGCGAGGCCCAGGCUUUGGCUUUUGAAGAAGAGAGACAAACAUGGCAGGCAGAAAAGGACAAAGUCAUCCGCUAUCAGAAGGAGCUGCAGGCCAGCUACUUAGACAUGUUCCACAGAAACGAGGAGCUGGAACGGCAGCUGCAGCAGAUGAGAGCGUGUGGUAAACAGGACAGAGGCAACUGUGAAGGAGCAAUCAGAAGUCUGACGUUAGAGCGAGACGUUCCCCAGCUGAGGAGUGAGACUGAUGCAGCUAAUCACACCGACAGGCCCAGCUCUGGGUUACCCUGGAUAGAUCAGAUUGAGUCAUCUGAAAUUUGA